CGAUGGAAGAGAGAGCCAGAGAGGCCGCUCGAAUAGGUGAUAUCGAUGUGUUGUAUGAACUUAUUUGGGAGAAACCGGAUUUUCUGCACGAGGUUGAAGGAAGGGAGUUCUAUGAUACUCCCUUGCAUGUAGCGGCGGCGUCGGGGCGAACAGAGUUUGCAAUGGAGUUGCUGGGGUUGAAGCCAUCGUUAGCCAUGAAGCUGAACCAAGACGGGUGGAGUCCCCUUCACCUUGCUUUAAAGAACGGGGAUACGGAGACGGCAUUCUCACUGCUUGAGUUCAACAAAGAUCUCGCUCGUGUCAAGGGGAAUAACGGUUACACUCCGUUCCAUCUCGCUGUUACUAUGGGAGACAGCAUCGAUCAUCUGACUCUUUUGACAACGAUUCUCAACGAUUGCCCUAAAUGCAUCCACGACGUGACAAACCGGAACGACACGGCCCUGCAUCUAGCAGCGGGGGAAAACAAGUUAAAAGCUUUUCAAGUUCUACUGCGAAGCCUAUUGAGCAGCGAAUGCAGCACGCGGCGGAUUAAGAAACUUCUCAAUUUCAAGAACAGAAAUGGCGACACUGUUUUACACAUAGCAGCAUCUAAAAAUCAACCGAAAAUUCUCGGUCUGUUGACAAGAUGGGGGGUCGACAUAAGAUUGAAGAAUUCGAACAAAUUAACUGCGACAGAAAUCUUAGAACAAUCCGAGAAUCAACAGGACAGCAAAGAAUGUCUGAGAAUUCUACGUUCUCAGAGAAAAAACAUUUUUCAGUCACCGUUCUUGUUUAUUUUUUACUUGGUCAGGCAAUUAGCAUCUGAAGCUAAGAACAUGUCAAGUGAAAGAAGCAAUGCUUUGGUAGUAGUGACAGUGUUGAUUUUAACAGCCACUUACCAAGCAGCCUUAAGCCCUCCAGGCGGUGUUUUUCAGGCAAACUCGCAAAACAACACGUCUCCCGCCAUGGAUAUCCACUCAGGUUCAAAAAACUCAAGUACCGGAAAAUUGAACAAAUUUCUGGAAAAGGGUUCAUACGCUGCAGGAUCAUCGGUGCUGAGUACAAGAAAAUUCCUCUGGUUCUUCAUUCCGAACAUUGGAGCCUUCUGCAUCUCUUUCAUCGUAACAUGUUUCGUCCUUAUCAGUAACCUUACUGUUUUCUUCUGGUCCACCCUCAUCGUUGCCCUAACGAUGUUACUGUUUUGCCUCCUAGUAUCUGCAGUUAUGGUCAUAUCCCCGAAUACAGAGUCGGCCGAUAUCAUGUUUCAAUAUGUCUACAUCCUCGCCUACUUCCUUUCCGGCCUCAUGUACAUCAUAAUCCUGGUAGUAGUAUUCAUAAGAGUAUACUGCCGGAUUAAAAAUAAAAGAUAUGCAAGACAGAAACCAUGAAAGUCGAGUCUAGGAAGGCGAAUUGUUUGGUUGGCUUUGAGUAGUUAAUACUAU